GCCCUUAAUUAUACGCUCGAUCUGGUUUGGCCCAAUUAUUCCCAAGUUGAUAACUCCCGUAAACGCCAAUGGAGAGGCAGUGCGCCAAGCCCAACAACUAUUCCAUGUUUGGCUUGCAUCAUUUUCUCCGUUCCGACAAAACUUUUCGUGAUGAAGAAAACGAGGUUUGUUAGUAGGUAGGUCAAUGAGGCCAUCAUAAACAAACAUUUUUAUCUGCUGGCCACAGCCGGCCGCCAAAUCAUUUUCUUGCUUAUUUCCGAUAUAUAAUCAGCCCGAUCCAGAGUAUAACGAUAGAUAUCCCAUUCAAGUCCACCACUGUCGAAAGGAAGGAGAGAGAGCCCCUGAUUGGUUUCAACUCGUUUCACCAAGUCACGGCGACGAUGGCGGCGGAUUCACCUUUCAGGCCGGAGAUACUCAAGGGGAAGGUGGCUUUGUUGACCGGCGGUGCCUCCGGCAUCGGCUACGGAAUAUCCCUCGAACUCGGCAAACACGGCGCCUCCAUCGCCCUCAUGGGCCGCCGCAAACACAUGGUCGAUUCCGCCGUCUCGUCUCUCCGAUCGCUCGGAAUCCCCGCGAUCGGAUUCGCCGGAGACGUUCGGAAUGGAGAGGACGCGGCCAGGGCAGUGGAAGGGACGGUGAAGCAUUUCGGGAGGCUUGAUAUUCUGGUCAACGCCGCCGCUGGGAAUUUCCUCACGCCGGCCGAGCAUCUCUCUCCUAAUGGCUUCAAAACAGUGAUGGACAUUGACGCAGUAGGAACAUUCACAAUGUGUCACGAAGCAGUGAAGUAUCUGAAGAGAGGAGGAGAGGGCAGAGACCCGUCGGAUGCCGGCGGCGCCAUAAUCAACAUUAGCGCAACUCUACAUUACACCGCCAGUUGGUACCAAAUCCAUGUCUCUGCUGCCAAGGCAGCGGUGGACAGCUUAACGCGCAGCCUGGCGUUGGAGUGGGGAACAGACUACGACAUCAGAGUGAAUGGGAUUGCGCCAGGACCAAUUCAGGACACUGCUGGUGUUAGCAAGCUUGUGCUGCCCAACAUAACCAAAGAGAACCACCCACUGUUCCGGUUUGGGGAUAAAUGGGAUAUCGCCAUGUCCGUCCUCUACCUUGCCUCUGAUGCAGGGAAAUUUGUGAAUGGUACGACAAUGGUGGUAGACGGAGGGCAGUGGCUGAGCAAACCCCGGAGUUUGGGGAAGGACGAAGUGAAGCAGCUGUCAAAAGUUGUCGAGAAGAGGUCCAGAGAAGCACCAGUCGGCGUCCCAAAGAGCAAGCUGUGAGAAACAUCAUCAUCUCAUCCUUUCUUCUGUCUGCGUGGCGUUUCCCCAAGCCUGGGAUUAGAGACAAAGCAUGGCACAUUAUCACCAGUCACCUCCGGCAUAUUUCCUGAUUAUUGUUGGCUUAUUUUUCUUACUGCGACCUUAUUGAUGCUCACUUCUGCAGAAUCUCUUUGCAAGAAACUCGCAUUAGUUUCAAACACAGAUGUAUAAGGUGAAUCCUGAUGGCAAUUCAUGCAGAAGAUACGUUAGGAGUUCUGCUACUAUAGUAUUUCAAUGCCUCAUUUUGAACUUCCACAAUGAACUCACCCUGACACAAAUAGAGCUAGACUAGCAUGUUGAGAUGAAACAUUCAAUCUGAUAGGUUACGAUCGAAACUAUCAAAUCCCUCUGGAGUUUGUGAGACCAGCAAAGGUUGAAGAAUUUGUCCACACAAGAACUCGUGAUGGAACAACAAUCUGGCAAGCUAGCCAAAAGAAGCAAAAGCUAUUCCUUGGAUCUAAUUGCAAGAAAAUAUGCAUGGACUGCCAUCAAGAACAAUAGGGCAUCUACUUGCAACUCAUAACGUAAAUACAAGUGCUGUUCAUUAAGCAUCAAACAACAACAACCACCACAACCAAUGCUUCCUUGGCAAUGGUGGGCACAUCAAAGAUACAACAUUUACUUAAACCCAAGUUCUUAUUGCACAAUGUACUAUUUCCCCCUUUUCUUUUCCUCUUUUCAUGUUCAGAAAGAAAGCAAAAACCUCCGACGUAUUCUAUACACCAGUUACAUACAUAAGAGCCUUGAAACAGAGAUGACAGUUUUUGUUGUCUACCUGUUUGUCAAUUACAUAAGGCCCCCCGCUGGCAUCAACCAUUCAAGGUCUCCAGCUGAAUGGUGCUCCUCAGAGGCACGUACUCACCAAGAUACCCGCCGAGCUGAUCAUGCAAGGCCAACUUAUCGAUCUCCUCGUGAUGGAAGCUCUUGCAGACAUAGUAGAACACACUCUGGACCAGCAAACCCACCAAAUUCACAAUCACCAGCACCCCGACGAGGAACCCACCCACCGCGACUCUCACAAACAUCCCGUAUCUGUCUCCGCCACGAACCACCACGGAGCCAAAAAAGCCCCCAAUCACUCCACAGAUGGUCAAAUACACAAACACAAGCACCCCGGCAGCUCCAGCCUUUCCCUUGAGAAGCUCGUAGCUCUUCUUCAAGGCGGAGAAGCCGUAAACGGGCUCCAGAACGGAGACGACGCUGGCCAGGUGAAAGAGGGCGGUAAUGUAGACAUGGAUUAGGAGGAAGAGGACGCAGAUGACGAGGAGGGAGACGAGGACGAGGAGAGGGUUCUCGGUGUCGAUGUUGACGAGGAAGACGACGAGGACGAAGAGGAAGACGACGUUGUAGGCGAGCAUGAGGAGGACGACGAAGACGAAGGUGAUGAAGAGGCGCUUGAGGACCUUGGGGAUGGCGGAGAUGGUGGAGGAGAAGGAGACCGGCUUGGAGGUGUAGAGGGAGGCGACGGUGAAGACGACGGCGGCGGUGGAGAGGAGGGAGAAGGCGAAGAGGAAGAUCAGGUAGCAGAACUGGAUGACGAGGAGGACGGUCCACUCGUGGCUGAUGGUGGCCGGAUCGUCGGUGGGUUGGUUCUCGAGGCGGGAGAUAAUUGGGUGGGUGAAGAGGGUAUGCGCGAGGAUGGCGAAGGAGAGCGGGAAGAUUAGGGUUAGGGUUGUGAGGUAGAAGGUUUUGGGAGAUUGCUUCGGGAUUGAGAUCGAUUCCCCUACAAUGUCAGGUAUUGAGAGGAAUUGGAGCUCCUCCGGCGCUAGAUCCAUGGCGGUUCAAGGGAUUACUGGCCGAUUGAGGGAUAUUAAGAGGAGGAAGAGGAGAUGAUUUGGUUAAACUGAUGAAGAAAUAGAGAGGAGGAGGAAAUGAGAUAGAGAGACACGAGAUGAAGUCUCUGGGAAUUCUGGAUUUGGGAUUUUGUUGCAGAAGAUGGGAAAGAAUGGUAAAGAAGCAGCAGAGGAAGGAAGGAAGGCACCGCUGAAUAUCGUAGACUGUUGACGAUACGUGUUUGGACCUCUUUUUCGUAACGUUUGUGCUUCUGGGCCUCCAAACCGCGCGUCCUUUCCUUCAAUUUUCGAAUUUCGACUCAACUUAAAUAAGG